CACUGGCAACCUUGGGGUUAAUAGUUCCUUAUGGACAAAGAGUACUGGGGAAGUUCUAAUGUUGAGAGUGACUGGCUGCUGUAGGGUUAAUAUUUAUUGUCAGAGAGUCAGCAGUUUUGGGGUUAACGUUCCCCCAAGGACAGAGAGUGUCAGGUUGUAGUUGGCAGUUGUGGGGUUAAUAUUUCAUGCUGUUCCAGCCCAGGGCAGGUCAGUACAAGUAGAGAGACGCAGUUCCACCUUAAUUCCCCUCCGGUGGGGGUGGAGACAGGCUGGAGGGGGUGGAGCCUGUGCUGGGACAGACAAGGAAGCCUGUGCAGUUGUGCUGUCAGGAGAGGAUUCCCAACUGUCAGAUGCCACUAUGUCAGACCAGCUGUACCGUGAGCGCCUCCUGCAGGACACGCCCUAUUUAACAAGCAGCGGGAGGCUGAGCGAGCGAGUGGCCGACAGGAUCAUCCUGCAGCUGAACCGCAUGUAUCCGCAGAUCCUGUCCAACUCAGAGGCAGAAAGGUUCCGUAACCCCCAGACCCCUCUGCGAACGCGAUUAUCCGACCUGCUGAAGCACCUGCACCGGAAGGGGGACCGGGAAUGUCAGGAAUUCUACCGGGCGCUUCGGAACAACUCGGAUAAAAUCUAUAGCACUUUGCCAAGCCGAGAAACUAUACCAGAGAGAGUGGAGCCUGCAGAGACCAGCGCAGAACAGGAGAAGAUUAUAUUAAACGACAGGGGGCCGCUAUUUUUCUUGGCGUGUUUCAGUGCCGCCGCUGGGCUGGCAAUUCUGCUGAACUACAAUAAUCCAGAGAUGAAAUCGAAUGGCUCAGCCAGGAAGGUGUUGGGGUACACGGCUAUCGGCUUUGGAAGACACAUCAGAAAUAUUCUAAUCUCCUUCCUUAAGGAACCAUUGGGCGGCCAAUGACCUGAGCUUCCUAUCGACACAAAGCGGGGCCCUUAGGGGCCCUGAGCUACACACUACUAUGCACUUUUCUGCCAAAGCUUGACACCAUAUAAACGUUGGACUUCAGGGAAUAGGGUUGUGGCCCUGCCUGCACUUACUGUAUAUACUGUAUAUAUAUAUAUAUAUAUAUACUCUGUCUGCGUGACGGUCACCAUGUUUGUUCCGUCCAAAAACUCCAUCCAAAACUCCAAGGGCAUUAACUGGGGACCAACCCGGAGCAGAUCCGAGACGCAGAAAUUACUCACGUCUUGGGUCACUUUUUAUUACUUUGGACUUUUAAAGUGUUUUUAAGCCUUUUUUAAGUUUUUUUAUAUUCCUGGGUGUGGCCAUUGUAUCUCUAUAUAUUAUACGCGUAUUUAUCAUUUGUUACAUUGACUGAAUUUCAGUAUCAUAUAUUAUAUUGUAACUCGUUUCCUAUUGCACUGAACUUGUAUUACUCUCUGUGUUACUCUAUGAGAUACUAGGCCUCAUUUACCUUAGUGUAAAAGUAUUAAUGGGCCCCUUAGGGCCCCAGCAUUUACCUAGUGCACCUGGAUGAAUGGCUUUUGCAGUUUGUGCUCUGCACUUUGCUCCAGUUUAUAAUCCAGUGCAGGCGCAAUUAAGUGGGUGCAAGGGAGCCCUGUACCCAAGGCCUUUAAUAGCAGUAGGACACGCCCCCAGCCAGCCCCUUAUGAAUACAGCUUUACCGCAGGCAGUAGAGCAGUACUCAUGGGAUUAGUGCAGGACACAAAGCAAAGUGCAGAAAACAGUUAUUUGCUCCCGUUAUUUGCACUUUUAUUUUGUAAUAUUGGAUAUUGGAAUUCUUGUACCAAAGAAUCGGAAAUAAUUUGGCUAUUUAUGAAGUGCCCUUUAACGGACCACUGUGGAAUCUCAGGAAAAAUAUGGGGGGCUGGAAAGAAAAGAAUCUUGGCCUUGUACUUUUAUAUAGUAAAGGAAUUGCCUUAGUGGCUUCUGAUAUUGAGGAAUAGGGAUUCCCUUGUACUAAACACAGUUCAGCAGGAACAGCCCAUCUGAGUAAGUUCCUACUCAAUGGAAACCCCUUCUGCGUUUAUUAAUGAGGGAAAUAAAGUGCCUUGAUGUAAGGAAUUUGGGGUUCAGUCAGGGAAAGAGGGAGCAGCUCAAAGCAAAUAGAGUCGACACAUUUAUUUCCUUAAACAGGUUUUAUCUCAGUUUCCUUUGCUGGAGCCAAAUAUGGCCGAGUUGGGGGAGGUGGAAACUGGGGAAAUGUGGGGAGAACUGGGGGUUAUCAGGGGUGUCUGUGUUUCUGUAGAAAAACCUGCUGUGCCCCUCCCUGAGGGAAAUAAAACCAGUGCUGUUUGUAUUUGCUGUCAUUAUUAUUAUGACUUAUUAAAUGAUUAUCUCUCCCAA